UUCACGACCGAGUCGAUAUCGCAGCGUCGAUAAUGUCGCAAUCUUACACAAGAUAGGCGUGAAAUCCGUAGUCCUGAUGUAUAAGAUGGCCGCCACCGAGUCAAGUUUAUCCAGUGAAAAUCCCGCCAAGAAAGAAGAUGAAUUCAACGAAUUUUACACGGAGGUUAAAGAAAUUGAGAAAAGAGAUUCUGUGCUGACACCUAAGCAACAAAUUGACAGACUACUAAGACCUGGUUCAUCCUACUUUAAUUUGAAUCCAUUUGAAGUCUUACAAAUUGACCCAAACACUGCAAUAGAUGAAAUAAAAAAGAAAUACCGUCGUAUGUCCAUUUUGGUGCAUCCUGAUAAGAAUCAGGAUGAUGCGGAAAGAGCACAGCAGGCGUUUGAAAUUGUUAAUAAGGCAUGGAAAACUCUGGAAAACGAGGAAACCAGAUCAAAAUGUAUGGACGUCAUCGAGGAGGCAAAGGCUCGGACCGAUCAUAUGAUUGCAGAGAAGAAAAAGAAACUGAAAAAAGAGGGUAAAUCUGAGAACUCGGGUCCUACACUCCUGGAGGAAGAAACGGAAGAAGGUUACCGACACGCCGUCUGGGUGAUGACAAUGAAAUUAUUUGCCGAUAUGGAACGAAGAAGGCGGGAACUGGCUACUAGAGACGCAGAGCAGCGCAAAAGAAAGCGAGAAGAGGAAUUAUCCGCGGAAGCUCAGGCAGCGUUGGAUCGUGAGUGGCAGCGCAACUUCGAGGAGUCUAGACAGUCACGAGUCGACAGUUGGAAGGCGUUUCAAUCCGGCGCCAGCGCGACGAAGCAGAAGAAAGCGAAGAAGUUAAAAGCAUUUAGGCCGCCGAAAACGAAGGCGGAAUCACGAUAAUCACGGGUAUUUCAUUUCCAUCUCUGUUUCCGUUUCCUUUUUGUGCAGAUUCUAACGUUAGUCGACGCGACAUUUUAUCCUAGACAUUUUCUCGUAGUGUUAAGCUAGAAUAAGCGCGGCCGUAAGUCCACUUUUUCGCUUAGAUAAUCGUGAUCUGACGCCAAUGAGCGAAGUUGUUAAAGAUGUGCGGGAGAGAGAUGCGGAAUGAAAACGGGUCGGGAGCGCAAUCGAAUGAACGAAAGGUGUGCGUCUCUUUUUGACUUACUGUGUAUAUGCUGUUCGAAUGACAUUAUCCGUGUGCGUGUUCGAAGUUGUGUCAUUCGUCUGGAAAAUAACAUCAUGAAUUGUAUCUUAAAGCAAUUCCUUCUUUAGGAAUCUUUUACUGAAGAUCAGGUUGCAUUCAUACUAUGGGUUUUUUAGUAAAAUGUUCUUCAAAAGGGACGCUUUAAAGUGCACUUGGAACGUUGUUUCUCUCAAAACAAUGUAACGUUCCGAAGCACACGAUGGCGCGAUUACGAGAGACUUGCGGACCGCAUCUCUCUUCGCGAAUCUGAAUGAUCGGAGAUCUUUCCGCAACGUGCGAUCUCGCGAUCAUAGAAAUAUGGGUGACUUGAACGUGUUAUAAAAAAAAAAAAAAAAACAAGAAAAAGAGGAAAGGAACUUUCUCCAUAACAUUGUACAUUGAUACCACGUGUCGCCUGUCACAUAACAACUGUCAAUUUUAUAAUAUACGUGUGUCUCGUACUUUUGCUAUUAAACGUACGACUAUCCGUCAUAGGAAAAGUACAGUUAGCUGUAUAUUAUAAGGACGAGCUCUCGUAGUCAAGGAUGUUCUGCGACAUCCGCGCAUUUCGGACGAAGCGAAUGUCCGAAUCGUGCGGAUUAAUAUCGCGAGAUUUCUCCUCGUGCCUCUCGACGGAAAUUACCGAGGAGUCGUCGCGAUACUCGGUAAAAUUUACCAAGUAUCAGUAAAGUCUCAAACUGUUCACCGCAACAUUGCGAUGAGAUUUUCGCUUUCUACACAUAGGAAGGAUUCGCUCUGCGGAGGAUCCUAUUCUGCGAUUCAAUCUCCUUCCACUGAGGACUUUGUAUCACGAUGCAAAAGCUCGAUCUCCGUUACUCGGUGUCGCGAUAGCUUCUUUCUAUCGCCUCAUCGCGAAAAUGAUGAAUUGUUGUACGAUCGCGGCGAGUCAUCGAUGACGAAAGUGAUUUUUUUGAAAUUUCGCAACUAUGAACUGUGAAUAUAUACAUACAAAUAUGUACGUAUAAAUUGUUUCCAAAAGACUGUUUAUUCUGCGGGACAUCACGCUGCGACUCUUCUCUUUCUCAAACGUGGUCGCCUAGUGUGUAUGUGACUAUAUAUAUAUAUAUUCGGAUACAUUAAAGAAUUUUCGACUGAA